AUGGUGUACAGUGGACCAGCAACUCGUAACAGGCUCCUCCGAACGCGUCAGUAUACUGCCAGUCCGGGUUGGACAUCCACUGUAGGAUGGGGCAGCUAUGGCAGUGGACACAAGCUCGUCGACUCCCAUCCCGCUGCCGGAAGCGACAUUAAAGAGACAGUAUGCGUCGUUGUCGGCGAAGUCUCCGAUAGUCGCUUAGCAGUCGAACCCUGGGGUAACCAUGGAGCCUAUAACACACUUGCAUCCUCCAAGUUUGGGCUAACUCUUGUGAAACCCAGCGACGUCGACUUCAGAAGUGACUGGGAUAGGUCCAUCACGGCCAUCACGACUUUACAAGGCCUCAUCGCAACUUCUCAAGAUCACAAGUUCUUUGUGCUGGCCGAAGGGGUCAACUCUUCCCUUCGUUUCACUGCGCCAAUCUUUACGCUGAAGGAUCCCGCUUUCGAUCCGCCGGGAUCGGAAUUGGAUACCAAUGCUUGGCCAGUUCGCGCGAAUGAGCGGGAAGCCCUCGCGGACUUGGUUCAGACUCAUAAAGUGUUACCGUUGAUGGUCUACGACGAAACCGAAGCGGCCGUGCUACCUAUGAAUGUCACAGAAACGAUCAAAGGGGCUUUAGUUGAGCUCACAUUCCGUCUAAAACACUACUACAUCCAAGACAAAAAUUAUGACACCUUCUCCGCGGCCAUCGAGCAGAUCAUCGUAUUGAAGCGUGCACCACCCAAACAACCCAGCCCCUAUCGACGUGGUGCUGGCCCAGUACGUUUGCCAACUACCGGCCCAACGAGGAGCGAACAAGUUGCUGCCGUAUCCGUGUUUUAUCCUCCUGUCCCGACAGGCUCUGCCCCAGUUCAACUGAACCCAACGCUGGGCGUAGCCACCCCCACAAUCCAAGCAAUCGCAUCGAAGGGCGCAGUUGGAACGGAAAGAAUUCCUAUUGCAGAACAAGCUCCGGUAUCUCCUCUCCAGAGCCCUCUUCCUAUCAGAGGCCCUAACGACCAGUUCACACCUUGGCCUCCAAAUACUCCUCCGCGCCGUUCUGAUGGCUCUUCUACCGCAAGUUCUGAGCCAUAUUCGGAGUUCACAACUCCACAGACACCGAAAACCCCCUCACCAUCUGGACCUACCCAGCAAUCGGCUCUUCCACAGAAUGCAGCGGCGGGACCUUCCAAUCUGCGCUCGGGUCAUACGAUGGUGAACGAUGGUAAGCGUAAGGCUGGUCCUGGGGACGAGGACGGCAGCAACGCAAAAAAAGGAAGGACCGGAGUUUGA